CAAGAAAUAGUUUCUCUCAUUGGAAAUUUCUUACAACUUCUGCAGAAAUUUUUUCACAAACGCAGCGAUCGAUAGUUAAUGAACUCAAUAUCUAGAGAGUAUUAUUUUGUUAAGUCUUCUCCGUCCUUUAAAAUGUCUUGCGGAACAAUACAAAUUGUGAAAAAAAAUGUCAUUUGUUUUAGGGGUUGUGUUUGGAAUAGCAUUUGGACUUGCUAUAAUAGUUGCUUUUGUGAAAUCUGGAAAUGCUAGAUCCAAACAACGUACUGAUCUGGCUAGUGGAAUUGCUGCAUUUGCUAGAAUGACAGUGGAAGAUUCAAGAAAAAUCUUUACACCAGAAGAAUACCCUACUUGGGUUGUUUUUUCAAAUCAACAAAAGUUGGCAUGGUUUAAUUCAAAUCUUGAAAAGAUCUGGCCAUAUAUGGAUGAGGCAGCAGCAGAACUAGUAAAGUCAAGUGUGGAGCCAAUUUUGGAACAAUAUAGGCCUGUGAUUUUGACGUCGUUAAAAUUUUCAGAGUUCACCCUUGGUACAGUUGCUCCACGAUUCACGGGGAUUUCUAUUAUUGAAGAUGGAAGUGAGGGUAUUACUAUGGAAUUAGAGAUAAAAUGGGAUGGGAAUACAAGCAUAAUACUUGAUAUCGUUACUUGUGUUGGUGUAGCAUUACCGGUGCAGGUGAAGAACAUCGCGUUUGCUGGUACUUUCAGGCUCAUCUUCAGGCCACUUGUUGAUGAGUUUCCUUGCUUCGGAGCUGUAUGUUAUUCUCUAAGGCAGAAGAAAAAACUGGAUUUUACGCUUAAAGUAAUUGGUGGUGACAUGACAGCAAUUCCUGGCGUUUCUGAUGCAAUUGAGGGAACCAUCCGGAUGCUGUUGAAGACUCAAUCAUGUGGCCAGUUAGAAACGUUAUACGAAAUUUUACCAGGGGAGUAUAGGUGCACUUGGAAUACUGCCCGAAUGGCAUGAACAAUGGGCUAAGUUACCCUUUUUCUCAGAACGAUUCUAUGACUUCAUUAGAGAGAGUUCUUAAAAACUCGACAGAAGGAAAAGAAGUUAGUCCUAAUGGAAGUGAAAUCAACAAUAGAAAGCUUCUGUUUUUGUAUCUUCAAUUUUCUGUUUGUUGUUUAUAUAUGUUUGAUAGAAACAUAAUUAUUUGUGUGUUUAUAUAUCUAUAGUUAAUGACACCUCAAAAUGAACUUUGUAAUUACAUUACUGUAUCCCUUAUAUCCUUAGAUGGAAUGGACUAAUGAUUGAAAA